AUGGCAUCUUGUCAAGCUCGGCAGCCUGUCUCUGUUCCCGCCAUCCCUGCGGGAGACAGGAUGGCUACCCUCCCGGUGGCAGAGCCCCUGUCCGCGAGUCCGCUCCCGACCGGCUUUCCGGAAUACGUCGACUCCCUGAUGGCUUGGGAUGGCAACCGACUGGCCGACGACCAGGACGAGUAUAUCCUACACCUCACCCAGGAGGACGUGCGCGAGGCGGAAUCUUGUCUCGAAAAGUUCAAAGCUCUUGGACUGGAUGGAGAUUGCAUCAACAGGGAAAACUUCCCGCUACCAACCCUCGGUCCUAAGCUCCGUCAGGUACGCCACCAGGUAUACGACGGACGUGGCUUCGGCCUCAUCCGCGGCUUGGACCCCGAGAGGUACUCGGUUGAGGAUUUGACCAUGCUCUAUCUGGGCAUACAGUCCUUUGUCGCGAACCGUCAUGGACGUCAGGAUACCAAGGGGAACAUGAUGGUCCACAUCGUUGCCGACGAUAGCUCUGCCCUGACUGCCGAACAUCAUCGACAUUCCACGUCGCCGAUUGCCGGGGACAUUGUUGGCUGGCUGACCAGGAGCACAGCAGCUUCGGGAGGAAGGUGCAUCAUUGCUUCCUGCUACACAAUCUACAACGUUCUGGCAACUGACCGCCCAGAUCUUAUACGUUCCCUGGCCGGGUCUGAUUGGCCCUUUGCCCUCCCCGAGUUCCACUGCAGACCCAUCCUGUUUCAUCAUCAGGGACGACUCAUCACAAACUUUGGCAGGGCCGCCCUGAUCGGGAACGCCGCCCACCCCCGAUCGUCCCAGCUUCCCAGCAUCAGCCCGCGGCAGCUCGAAGCUCUCGAAGCCGUCGAGGCCAUCGCGAGGGCCACCGAGCUCAGCAUCACGACCGAGCCGGGCGACGUGCACUUUGUCAACAACCUGGCCAUCCUCCACAGGCGCGACGGCUUCGUCGACGGUCCUCCCGGAUCUACACCGCGCCACCUGGUGCGCAUGAGACUCCGCGACGACGAGUUGGGGUGGGCCAUACCAGCCGACCUCGAGCCCGAGUGGGCGAGGGCCUUUGGUACCGGGGGGGCCAAGGUGUGGCACCUCGAGCCCAUGCCCAGCGGUUACUUUCCCCUCCGCAAGCAGCCCAACUGA